AUGCAGCAAACCGCAGAAGAGGAGGCAGCCAAGGAAGGAGGAAGGAAACAGCAAACUCUUUCUCUGAAGCACGACAGCUGCCUUGCAUAUCCGACAUUCGAUAGGCGCACCAACAACCGUUCCGACCAAGAAGAAGAAGAGGAGGAGGAUAUUACCGAGGAAACUCCCGCCUUUACACGAGCCGACUUGCUUUCGUACUUGUCUUGUGCUUGCCACCGCUGGAAAACUGCAUGGAACGAGCAAGGACUUGAAGACUUCUUUUCGUCGAAUGCUUGGCAACUAUACGACAACGCGCAGCCGCGACCCUCUGUGUACCGUAGUUCCUACUAG